CCUUCUGGCAGGGAGUGGAGUGGCAUGGAGAGAAAAGAAAUCCCUGGGACUGGAAAAGAAAUAGUGUAUCAGAAACCAACACAGCUAAACUAAGGAACAGAUUUAGAACUCUUACCAAGUUCUCAUCGAAGCAUCUUCCUUACCAGCUCUGAAAGAUUCCUGCUCCUGAUUUUAUAGUUAAGAUCAGGUGACACCCGGACAUGUCCCCAGUGAUCCACAUGCCAGAACCCUUGUGCCUCAUUAAGAACGCUAAUGGGCGGCUGGUGGCUAAUCCGAAAGCUCUGGCCAUCCUGUCUGCCAUCAUGCAGCCUGUGGUGGUGGUGGCCAUCGUGGGCCUCUGCCGCACAGGCAAAUCCUACCUGAUGAACAGGCUGGCUGGGAAGAGCAAGGGCUUCUCUAUCGGAUCCACAGUGCAGCCUCACACCAAGGGCAUCUGGAUGUGGUGUGUGCCUCACCCCAAGAAGUCAGACCACACCCUGGUUCUUCUUGACACCGAGGGACUCGGUGACAUAGAGAAGGGUGACAAGAAGAAUGACACCCAGAUAUUUGUACUGGCACUGCUACUAAGUAGCACCUUUGUAUACAAUACCAUGAACAAAAUUGACCAGAGGGAUAUCGACCUCUUGCACUAUGUGACGGAGCUGUCAGGUCUGCUCAGAACAGUAUCCUCACCUGAUCUUGAUGGGAUAGAAGAUGCAGCUGACUUUGUGAGCAUCUGUCCAGACUUAGUGUGGACUCUGAGAGAUUUCUACCUUGACCUGGAAGCACAUGGGCAACUUAUCACAGCAGACGAGUACCUGGAAAAUUCACUGAGGCCAAAGCAAGGCACGGAUCAAGGUCUUCCAAAUUUUAAUUUGCCCCGUCUGUGUGUACAGAAAUCCUUUCCAGUGAAGAAAUGCUUUACUUUUUAUUUACCCACUCUUCGAAAGAAGCUUGCCCAGCUUGAGACACUGCAUGAUGACGACCUGGAUCCUGAAUUUGUACAACAAGUGGCAGAUUUCUGUUCCUACAUCUUCAGCCAUUCUAAUGCUAAAACUCUUUUGGGAGGCAUUAAGGUUAAUGGAUCCCGUCUAGAGACCCUGGUGUUGACCUACGUCAAUGCCAUCAGCAGUGGGGAUCUGCCCUGCAUGGAGGAUGCAGUCCUGGCCUUGGCAGAGAUUGAGAACUUAGCUGCAGUGCAAAAGGCCAUUGCCCACUAUGACCAGCAGAUGUUCCAGAAGGUGCAGCUUCCCACAGAAACCCUCCAGGAGCUGCAGGACCUGCAUAGGGCCAGUGAGAGAGAGGCCAUUGAAGUCUUCAUGAAGAACUCUUUCAAGGAUGUGGACCAAAGUUUCCAGAAAAAACUGGAAACCCUGCUAGAAGCCAGACAGGAGGACUUCCAUAAACGGAACUUGGAGGCAUCACUGGACCGUUGCUCAGCUUUACUUCAGGAUAUUUUUCAUCCUCUGGAAGGAGAUGUGAAGCGGGGGAUUUAUUCAAAAGCAGGGGGGCAUCGUCUCUACGUUCAGAAGACAGAAGAGCUGAAGGCAAAGUACUAUCAGGAGCCCAGGAAAGGAAUACAGGCUGAGGAAGCUCUGCAGAAAUAUCUACAGUCCAAGGAGUCUGUGAGGGAUCGCAUUUUGCAGACAGACCUGGCUCUCACAGAAAGAGAAAAGGAGAUGGAAGAGGCACGUGUAAAAGCAGAGGUUCUAAAGGCUGAAGAACAAAGAAUGUGGGUGGCAGUUCUAAGGCAGUACCAGCAAAUGAUGGAGCAGAGGGAGAGGCUCCUUCAGGAACAAGUCAGACAAAUGGAGAGAAACAGGAUGUUCCAGCAUCCAUUGCAAAAGAGGGCCCUGGACCUGAGACAUCACUGCCAGAUCUUAUGGAAGAUAACAGAGAAACUAGAAUUCUGCAUGAAGAUAAAUGAGUUCCUUCGUGUUGCAGAAAAGACCUUCGCAGAAGAGAAAGCCAAAAGAGAGUCAUCUGAAAAGGAAAAGAAACUUCAUGAGCAAAAGGUUAAAAAGCUGCUGAAAAAAUGUGAGAACCUAACGAGAGCCUUCAUGGAAUUUAAAGCCAAAAUGACAGAGGAGAUAAGAGUGAGAGAGAGCCUUCUGAAGGAGAUGAAUGAGAGGAUUAAGAGGCUCAAGGGUGACAAGAAGAAUGACACCCAGAUAUUUGUACUGGCACUGCUACUAAGUAGCACCUUUGUAUACAAUACCAUGAACAAAAUUGACCAGAGGGAUAUCGACCUCUUGCAGUAUCCUUUUGUGGUUCAGGAUGGCACCAAAGCCAGAGAGAACGCCUCUGUUCACCAUCUGUGUUCAUGAGUCCUUGUGAAUCAAACAUAAAAUGAAAACACUACAAACAUUAAAAACACAGGAUAAAGAGUCUUUAUGUUUGCUGAUGAAAUGAGGAAUUGGUACAACUCAAAGUGCAUAUAAAAGUACAGGCAGGC